AUGUUAAACCGCGUCUCUGUCGCACUUAUAAAAAUGAGUCUCCCUAAGUCAUAUAAAGUGGACAUGCCACAAGAAAGGGUGGAAGAAAGGAAAUCCCAAAGGCAAUUAGCCCAUGUAGAAGAUCGACAUGAUGUGCUAAUUGCAGCGGACUACACAGAACAAUUUACCACAGACAGGGUUUUUGCUACUCGGGAUGAGCUUUUGGAUUGGGCUAAGAAUGUAGGAAAGCAACUAGGCUUUGUGAUCAUUAUUAGAAGGUCUGAUUGUGGGAGCAAGGGUCGUGGGAGUAAAGGCAGACAGUUAGCUAUUUUGGUGUGCGAGAUGAGCGUACGUGGAGACCACAACCAUGCGCCAGCUGAGACUCUGGUUGGCCAUGCCUAUGCCGGUCGCCUUACAAGUCAAGAAAAGGAUAUGGUGGGUAAAAUGGUUUACAAUAAAGUCAAGUCAGGUAACAUGUUGCUGGCAUUGAAGGAUGUCAACCCUCAGAAUCUGACUACCAUAAGGCAAGUGUACAAUGAGUGGAUGACACACAUUAGGGCCAAGAGGGGACAAUUGUCAGAGAUGCAGCACUUGAUGAGGUUGUUGGAGGAAGACAAGUACACGCAUUGGUCCAGAACUGAAGAGGGUUCCACGGUGAUCCGGUCCUUAUUAUGGGCCCAUCCAGUUUCCAUCCAACUGUUCAACCAAUUUCCUACUGUUGUCUUGCUUGAUAGCACGUACAAGACCAACAAGUAUAGGAUACCAUUGCUGGAGAUGGUUGGUAUGACAUCAGUUGGAUUCACAUACACCAUCGCUUUUGGCUACAUGUGCAAUGAGCGUGAACCUAAAGUUACAUGGGCACUUCAAAAACUAAGGGGGUUGCUACUUAGGGAGGAGGACAUGCCUAAAGUCAUGUGA